AUGAUAAACUAGCUGUAUUCGCUGAUAAAGAAUCACUUGAGAUUAGAAGAGAAUACUGAUGAAGUAUAUGCACCUAAGUCUUAAGAAAAGUUUUAGGACUCUGAAAUAAGGAGAGAAAAAGUUGGCAAGUAUUUUAACAAGCUACCAUAUGGUUUAUCUUUUGAUGCAGCCAACAAACCAUAAAAGAUAGCUUAGAGUGAAGAUGAAUAGUUUGAUCAGAUUGUUGUUUAUGAAAAUUCAAAAACAAAUAAACAGGGAGAAGCAAAACAUGGCCUUCAUAAUAGCAACUCAUUGAUUGAGGGCUAGACUAUUCUUAAGAAUGAUAGGUUCACAAUUAAUAAAUACAGUUUCAUGAAUGAGAAAUCCCUAGAAGAAUUUAUAUAGUGUACCCAGGAGAAUAAUUUGCUCCUAGUAGUCAUGGUUGAUGAAAAACAUUAAAUCUUAUAUCUAAGAGAGAGCAUUUCUACGAAAUCAGGCAAGCAGGACUAAAGAAAAGUUAUGGAGGUCAAAUAUUUCUGGCGAUACUUUAUAAACAGUAUUUUAAAACUUACAUAGUAUACUAGACAUGAUAAACAAAAUCUAUAAAUACGUGACAAGGCUUACUAUAUAUGCGCACAAGAAUAUAUCUUGCAAAAGCAAGUUAAAUAAUGGCACAUUAAUGCAUAAACUAGAUAAAAAGAAAGUAUAGUGCAUGGAGAGAAAUAUACCACUAGCACAUUUUCAGACUUCACCUUGAACAGAAUUGUUGUUACUCUAAUCACGGUGAACUCUCCUAUUCUGCUAAAAUUGAAUCAAAUUGAUGGCAACCUAGUAAUGAGCACAAACAUAAACAAUAUCUGCGAUGCUAGAUCAGUUUUUGGUGCUACACUGAUAAUUAGCAGCCUUAACUUCAACAGAAAUGGCACUGACCCAACAAAUCAACUGAGCCACUUCAAUCUGCAGUUUGUAUAAUCCUUUUCAAAAGAUCUUGGUGUUGGGAUUAUUGCCUUCACAUUCUAGUACAAAGACCCACACUCAAACUAGAUUAAGAUGCAAUAAACCGAGUUGGACUUAGAAACCGGCGUGCUUAGAGAUAGGAUAGACAAAAUGCUAAUGCUAAGAUUGACCUUUGCAAUGCAGUUAAGUUUGACCUAAAGUUUUCCCUCUCUAAUUAGGGACUCGUCAAUUGCUCACUCAGUAGAAAACUUCAGAUAGCAAGACCAAGCCUGA